AUGUUUUUCUUGUUUUUUUAUUUAUUUUGUUUUCUGCUGCAUGUACACCCCACAGUAGCUUUCCGCUCGACCUCGCAGCAGCAGCAGCAGCAGCAGCUGCUGCUGCUGCUGCCUCUGCUGCAGCACCCUCUCUCUCCUUUCGUGCCCCCACAAUCGAGACUCAGAUCCUCACCAGCAGCAGGAGCAGCAGGAGCAGCAGCAGCUGCUGCUGCUCCUGCCGCUGCUGCUGCUGCUGCACCAGCAUCGAGGGGGAUAGGAGAAGCUGCAGCAGAGAUAAAACCCACAGCAGCAGCAGCAGCAGCAAUAGGAGCAGCAGCAGCAGGAGCAGCAGCAGAACUACCACCAUCAGCAGGGGUUGCAACACCAGCAGCGACUGCAGCAACAGCACCGCCAGACGCCACAACAGCAGCAGCAGCAACAGCAGCAGCAGCAGCAACAGAAGCAGCAACAUUGCUGCCUGGUUCUUUGUCUUCUUCUCCUUUAUCUUUUUUGCUGCAGCAAUACCCCAAAAGUUGUCAUUCAAAGACAGGCACAGACCGCAUGCAUCGCGCUGCUGCUGCGGCACCUCAGCAGCAGCAGCAGCAGCAGCAGCAGCAGCAGCAACAGCAGCAACAAAAGCAGCAACAAGAACAAAACAAACUCCCUACCACAUCAGCCGUAUCACCAUCCUCCUCAUCAUCAUCUUCUUUAGCACCACCAACAGCAACAGCAACAGCAGCAGAAGCAGCAGCAGCAGAAGCAGCAGCAGCAGCAGCAGCAGCAGCAGCAGGGGGAGAACCCAGCAGCAGCGAGGUGUACGUACACCCGAGCAGCGUGCGGUGGCAGCAGGUGGGCCGCGUGGGGGGGGCCCACGGCCUGGCGGGCCAAAUGGAGAUCUAUCCAUCUACUGCUUUUCAUACACAACGCUUCUGUACACCAGAAAAGGAAAUUUAUUUGUUUCAAAAGAAAUCGAAUUUGGUCGUUUUGUUUAUAAAAAGGGAAAACAAAUUGCGCUUAUAA